AUGGUCAACGAUGAGGCCGUCACCAAGGAAGAUGCAAACUUGGACGAUUACGGCAUGGUGCCUGGCGCGCGGGCGAAUCGUCUCGGCGAUGCGCUCAGCAGUGUCGGCUCCGACGGUGGCAGGGACGCGGAUGACGAUGACGAUAUCGACCGGGCCGAGAGGGCCGACCGGAGUAUACAAGGGAGCGUCUAUUGAGCAUGGUGCUGAGCAAACCACACCAGCAAGGCGAAGGAAGGUGGGAGCGUUGCAGGGCGCCAAAUUCGGCAAGGAUCAGGAGUCAUCGCGAUGCAGAGAGAGAGCCAGGUGCUCGAGAGAUUGAAUGGGACUGCAUACAUGGCGUUGGGUUCUGUUUCACGCGAGGCACAAGGCACGGCAUUAUGGAGAUAUACCUGGGUAGAUGUUACGAGUAGAUCAAAGCAGCACUUUUCUGUCACG